AUGCAUUUCUCGCCACUGAAUGAAACAGCGCAGCGAUUGUUUGCCACUGGCGACUCGGCGAAAAAUUCUUUUGGCGACUUUUCAGCGGACAACACAAACAUCAAUCAUUUCAACUUUUCAAACACUGCUGAUAAUUUACAAGACUGCUCCUUUGGAAGGUGUGAUGAAGCAGCGAAAGAUCUAUCUUCGAGUUUCACCAGAAAGAAUUUCGUCGAAUCUGCUUACUGUUCGUCGGAAAGCGACCAUCGCGAAAGUCACAUUCUAUCAAGUUUGCAUAAUUUGACGAAUAAUUUUGAAGAGAACUGCCCUGGCUCAAACUCCUUCAUGUUACUCAAUUCGAAAACUGAUGUACAAGAAAAUUCGUCACUGACCGACAACAUUCUGAUGCAUGCAAACGAACUUGCAAGUGAGCAAUCACAUAUAACAGUCCUCAAAAACAACUCUAUUUUUGACAAUUUGAAAAAUAAAAAUUCGACCUUCGACAAUGAAUGCUUCGAAUCAAUAAUGUCAAGCAACACGGAGAUUAACUUCCAAACAAACUCAUUUGAGCCCUGGCGAUCUCUAGACUUACCUCACGAUUCAACCAGUCAACUUAACUUCCACACUGAUCAAAUCGACUGCAGCUUUUCUUCAACCUCUUUGAAAAACCAGCCUCUCCCUAAAGACCUCGGUGAUAUUAGCUGCAUUGAUUUCAAAGAAAUCAACAUGGACUUAGAUCAUCAUAAUUCCAAACCCAAUCAUGACCUAACUGAUUUUAAUUCACAAACAAGUCAAGUAAGUUUAUUCGAAGUUUCUAAAUUGCUGCAAAAUAAUACUGAUUUAAAUAUACCGGAAGAUUUUUCCAAAUUUCCAAAUAAUUUCUUUGAUUCAUCGUGGCUACAAUCGAGCAACUACACAAAUUCGUACAACAAUUCGAACAACAUGUGCAACUACAUCCAAGGUCUCUACAUGGACUCUGACAAUGCAUUUAUGUCCUCUGAACUGAAUGGAGCUGAUUUUACAGGAGUGGCAAAUAAUAAUAAUAAUAAUAAUCAGCAGCAGCAGCAACAACAAACGCAGCCACAUCAACAGCCUCAGUUAAUGACACCGAAUUAUUCAAGCGUUGAUAAUUUACAAAUGAGUCAGGUUAAUUUCAACAACGAGAAUCUCGACAAGCAAAACAACUCCUUAAUGAUGAGUGAAAAUGAUUCAAACCUAAAAGUUCAAAAAUUGAAAUCCCUCGAAGACAGCAGCACUUACGUAAAUUCAGAAUACCAGCAAGAAACGUAUCAAGCAACAUCAUUCCUUUCUUCUAUAUGUUACAAAGACGACAGACAAGAGGAUGGUGAGCUCGAUGAAUCUAAAACAUUUCACUCGCUAGAAACAUCGAGACAAGCAAACAUGAGCGCACAAGCCACACUCAUGGCAUCGUACCACAAUAAUAUGAACUCAUACGACUUCAGUGAUUCAGUCAAAAAACCUUGCGAUAUUUCCGACGAUGAAAAUUCUCAAUUCAUGCCCGACGAUUAUUCAGAUAGCGGAAAAUUUGGUACUAGUUUUAAUUAUGGACAAGAAUAUUACUUCAAAAAUUACAUGAACGGAGAUGAAAAUUUUUUAAAAUCAAAAGGCAGAGGGAAAUGUAUUAAAAAAGUAAAACAUAGAGCUGGCAGACCACCUGGGCGAUCAUAUUCAAGAUCAGAUCAGUUUUCAUACGCCGAAUACCAGAUGCCAAAUCCUCUGGAACAUCAGACUCACCUCCAAGUUCAUCAUCAACAAGAACAACCUCUACAGUCAGUGCAAACGGUUCAGCCAGUGCAAAAGCCACUCCAGCAGUUUCAUCAUCAAUCUUUUUCUCUUCAACAGCAGUUCAAUCAAAAACAAUUCAACUCCCAACAUCAGCAGCAACAACAACAAAAGCAACAACACCAACAAUCCUUUCCAUCUUAUAUUGAAACCAUUAAACUAAAUGCGCCCGUAAGUAACAUAGAAAAACAUGGAAAUAUAUGGAACGACAAAAAAAAUUUAAGCUUUAUCAACAAAAUUUCUUUAAACGAACGAGUAGGUAAAUUUUUUCCAAAAAUUUCGGCGUCCAGCAACAAGCAUCGUACGCAGUUCAUUUUCGACACAUCUAAGCGUCCAUCAAGCGUCAACGAAGCAAUUUGCAAGUACAUGGACUAUCUGAUAUUGGAGAACGAAUGUAAAACAUGCAUCAGUUCUUGUUCAACUGGAGUUCAACUGCCAUACGUUGGGUUCGAGAAAGAGAGGUACUUUCACGAAGUUAUGUGUCAGCCCAUAUCGUUUCCUACUGCCAAGUUCAGAGAAUGGUUGAAGUUGUUCGACAUGGACAUUGAGAUUACAGAUAUUGAUGGUUUGACGGCUUCGCAGACAACUUUUCUGCCACCCAUGUCACAGAAUAAUUAUUUGAUGCCGGCUAAUAACGUUGAUUUGAGUAACACAAGCCUUAACAGCCUGACAAACAAAUUCAAAGAUGAGCUAUCGCAAUCUCCACCUAGUUCAGACAUGGCUAUAAGAUCUCGUGGCAGACCGAGAAAGUCCUGGUCCGGCUUCUCCAGAUAUUCCGAUCGCGACAAAAAUAAUUCUUGCUCCGUAUCCCCGCAUCUCAGUUUUCAGAAUAAUUCCUUCAUGUCCAGUAACUGCUGGUCAGUUAACGACGAUCCGUAUGGCGUGAACUCCAGCCUGCUAAAUAGUAACGGUUCGAAUGGAUAUUUACAUGGUGUUCACGGUAAUUUAUCAAUAUUAGACAACAAUUCAAUGAUUAAUCCAAAUAUUUUCCAUACAAGUCUGAUGAAGAAUCAAUCUAACGGUUCCUCUCUUAUAAAUAAUUUUAGGAUGACGUCUAACAACGGACUGGACCAAAAAAUUUUCUGGCCGCCCGGGCAAGCACACAACAGCUCCAUCCAAGUCGUUAAGAAAGAUGUUAACAAGAAUGUCAUUAUAAAAGUAAUCACUCCGCCGAAACUUCAAUACAAGUUGAAUUUUGAAAAACUGAACAGCGUUAAAAUUGAAAAAAAUUCUGGAACCAGCAAUCUUAGUAAAGUGAAGUUCACUGAAAUUGGGCCGACUCAGAAAGAAUUGCACUGCGAGAAAGUUGAUGAAAACUCCAGUGCAGAUGUGUUAGCAGCUGAUGUACAUUGCUCGAGUAAAGAAGAGGAAAAUUUAAAAAAGAAUUGUUCUGAUCAGUUUCAACAAUCAGCCAACGAUACUAAAGAAGCAAAAUUUGAAACAACUUGUCGAUCCAAGCAAUCGAACGGCGAAGUGACGAUUGUAUCGAAUUCAACCUCGUCUGAUAAUUUAUCGCUGGAAUGCGACACAAUCAUUGAGCCGAAUUCAAUAAACGAGCAUUCUAUGAGCAGAAAUAAAAUGCUCAAAGGAACGAACUCUCACAGAAGGAUGAAACACGUUGCGAAAAUUUUCACGCCAAACCUACGCGACGAAUCGCUGACAGAGGUGAAAACUGAAGAUGAUUUUGAACUUUCGCCUCAGCCACCGACGUUGAAGAGAAAAAGUAGCAAGUUGAAGGAAGUUCACAUCACUUCGUCGCUCUUUAGCUUGGAGGACGGCGGAACGGUACUUAAAAAAGUUAAACCGUUCAAAUGA